AUGUUGCGUGGAAGCGCUGCAAUGGCUAAACUCACCCCCCUUUUCUCCAUUCUCACCCAUCGCCCAUUUCUCUCUUCUUCCAAUUCUCAUUCUUACUCUCUCAAACACACCAUAAACCAUCCUGCUCUUCCCUUCACUACCUCCGCCAUCAACACUCUACCUCCAACACCCGAUGGAGCAAUUAUCAAGCUUUCAAUCAAAGCCAGACGAAAAGCCGCUAACGAAUCACCCGAGGGAGUUUUACAAAGAAAGCUCAACAAUUGCUCUAAAUCCGGUGAUGUUCUUCAAGCACUUCAUCUCUACGAUGAAGCUCGCAAUUCAGGUGUUCCCCUCAAUCUCCACCAUUACAAUAGAUUAUUAUACCUUUGUAGUGUUCAAUCUGGUGGUGAUGCUGCUCAUUUGGGUCUUCAGAGAGGGUUUGAGAUUUUUCAGCAGAUGUUGAAUGAUAAAGUUAUACCGAAUGAAGCUACUUUCACUAAUGCUGCUAGGGUGGCUGCUGCUAAGGAAGAUCCUGAAAUGGCUUUUGAGUUGUUGAAGCAAAUGAAGAGUGUUGAGAUUGCGCCCAAGUUGAGAUCUUAUAGUCCUGCUCUUUAUGGAUUUUGUAAGAGAGGGGAUGCGGCGAAGGCUUAUGAAGUUGAUGCUGAUAUGAUUGAGUCGGGUGUUAUGGCGGAGGAGCCUGAGCUUUGUGCGCUUUUGGAGGUGAGCGUUGAAACGAGGAAUGAAGAUAAGGUGUAUGAGAUAUUGCAUCGGUUGCGUGCGGUGGUUAGGCAGGUGUCUGAGUCGACUUUGAAGGUUGUUGAGGAUUGGUUUAAGUCUGAGUAUGCGGGGAAGAUUGGGAAGAGGGAAUGGGAGGAUGAGAAAAUAAGAGAAGGGUUUGUGAGGGGAGGUGGGGGAUGGCAUGGUCAGGGGUGGCUUGGAAGUGGGCAAUGGAAGGUUGUUCACACUCACGUGGAUGAGGAUGGAAUGUGUCUUUCGUGCAAUGAGAAGCUCGUGAGCAUUGAUAUUGAUACAAAAGAGACCGAAAACUUUGCUGAUUCGUUGACUAAAUUGGCUUGCGAGAAAGAACCUAUGGCCAAAUUUAAUCAUUUUCAGAAAUGGCUUGAGAAGAAUGGUCCAUUCGAUGCUGUUGUUGAUGGUGCAAAUGUAGGACUUGCCAACAUUGCUGAAUUCAGCUUUCGUCAGCUUAAUUAUGUUGUUCAACAAUUGCGUCAACUGAGCCCUUCAAAGAGGUUGCCACUUAUAAUUUUGCAUGUAAAUCGAGUAACUAGUGGUCCUGCUCGGAAUGCAAGUUACAAGAGACUUAUAGAAAAUUGGAAAAAUAGCGGUGUUCUUUAUGCUACUCCCCAAGGUUCCAAUGACGACUGGUACUGGUUAUAUGCUGCUGUUAGUUGUAACUGCUUACUUUUGACGAAUGACGAGAUGAGGGACCACUUGUUCCAACUAUUGGGUUCUAAUUUUUUCCCAAGGUGGAAAGAAAAGCACCAGGUUCGAGUAUCAGCCUCAAGUCGUGGAGUUUCCCUAAUUCUACCUCCUCGAUAUUCAAUAGUUAUUCAGGAAUCAGCCAAUGGAAGUUGGCAUGUGCCAACCGUAUCAAGUGAUGAUCCGGAUGUCCAAAGGAAAUGGCUGUGUGUCACUAGAUCCCAUAAAAACUUAUGA